GCUGCUGCUACUGCGGAAGUGCCGAUUUUGGAGCCAACCAUGCACCGGAGAGGGGUGGGCGCGGGGGCUAUCGCCAAGAAGAAACUGGCCGAGGCCAAGUACAAGGAGCGGGGAACGGUUCUUGCUGAAGAUCAGCUGCUUCAGAUGUCCAAGCAGUUGGAGAUGUUCAAAACCAACCUGGAAGAGUUUGCCAGUAAACACAAGCAAGAGAUCCGUAAAAACCCUCAGUUCAGAGUCCAGUUCCAGGAUAUGUGCGCCACCAUUGGGGUGGAUCCUCUGGCCUCCGGCAAAGGGUUCUGGUCGGAGAUGCUGGGCGUUGGAGACUUUUAUUACGAGCUCGGGGUUCAGAUAAUCGAAGUGUGUCUGGCGCUCAAACACCACAAUGGAGGUCUGAUCACACUGGCUGAGCUCCACCAGCAGGUACUGAAAGGCCGAGGGAAACUGGCUCAGGACGUCAGUCAGGAUGACAUCAUUCGCGCAAUUAAAAAGCUGAAAGUUCUCGGUAACGGAUUUGGGAUUAUCCCAGUGGGAGGUUCUUAUCUGGUCCAGUCGGUUCCCGCUGAGCUCAACAUGGAUCACACGGUUGUCCUGCAGCUCGCAGAGAAAAAGGGAUUUGUGACGGUUGGUGAAAUUAAAUCAAGUUUAAACUGGGAAACGGAAAGAGCUAAACACGUUCUGGAGCACUUACUAAAGGAAGGUCUGGCUUGGAUAGACUCUCAGGCUCAAGGUGAAGCCCAGUAUUGGCUACCAGCUCUCUUUACUGCACUUUAUUCUCAAGAAAUUAAUAUGGAAGAAAACGGAGGACCUUCUUGAUCUGCUGUGGGCCGUUUUACUGAAGUCGCUUUUACUACACUGGUCUCUUCUACAGAAAAAGCCUCUUUGGGGAAAAUCAGUCACCUGGGAGGACUGGAGAAAUUCAUAACUUCUACUUGUUCAUACGCUGCAGAUCUUUAGCCUCUUCUUUUUCUCUCUCCUCCUGUCACACGGUUUCCCCAUAUCGUACCCACCUGGUGAGUUUAAGGAGAUCAGUUGCAGGCCUUGUUCUAUAGACUAAGCUUUGGGAAAGUAUCAGCUCCUAGGCUCAAUGUCUGCUGGGGUUGCUGUUGGAUUAGUAGGACAAUACUCCUAUCCAUGGCUACAGCUGAAACCCAUCAUGGACUUUUUUUUUUUUUUUCUUUUUUAGAAAUGUUCGGAUUUUGAUGUCAGACUGUACAGGUUCUGCUUUAGUCAUGGUGAGAGUACAAAUAAAAAGCUUCUCUUUCUGGAAUAAAAACCUUUUAAUAGACA